AUGGAUGAGGAGGCUUGGAUGUCAGCAAGGAUUGCUGAGUUUGAAAGAGAGAUUUCUGAAUCUUCUAGCUCCUUGAUGCGAAGCAAAGAACGCAUCUCUGAACUGGAGCAAAGGGUAUCCUACAUGGAAAAGGAGUUGCGCUCAGUAAAGGAUACUGCAGCUGCUAAUGAACAUUGUCUGGGUGCUGUUGUGCUGCUUAGUUUAAUACUUAUUUUUUUCCGUGCUAGCCGAAUGACUGCCUUUGUAUAA